AUGGGUGGCAAGAUUGAUUCCACUCAAAACCAAGGCAAUUCUCCUCCAAUAUUUAAACUGCAUGGUCAAAAUUUCCAUCUAAUUGGAAGUCUUUUGCCAGUUCAAGGUGAGAGGCCUAAGUUUGCACAACUCUACAUUUAUGAGACCCAGAAUGAAGUCAGAAAUUGGAUACAUUCUGUGAGAUGGCUACAGAGAAAAUGGCUACUGAGGCAAGAUAUUUUGCAUGCAACAAUAAAUGCAUCUUACCUAUGGAGGUAUUGCAAAGUGCUACGUUUGACAAAGAAUAUGAGACUCCAAAACUCAACCUCAAAUAAUGAUUAUGCACAACUGAAACAAUUUUCUAAAUGGAUUGCGAAAAUUGGAGAUGGCAAAAUUGAGGGGCAAACAGAUGAAUGUGAAUACAUAGAGAUACCUGGACACAUACUCUUACAGUAUUCUACAGAUCCCAUUAAAGCAAUUGUGGAAAGCACGUAUCCAUCAUUCUCAAGUAUAAUUGAUGAUCCAUCGUACUUACAAAACAGGGCGAUAUUGGCACCAACACUUGACAUGGUACAUUCUAUAAAUGAAUAUAUGAGUUCUUUAAACACGUCUGAAGGAAGUACAUAUUUGAGCUGUGAUAGUACUUGCAAAUCUGAUUCUAAUUUUGAUAUGUUAGUUGAUGUUCACACUCUAGAAUUUUUAAAUGGAAUCAAGUGUUCAGGUGUACCCAAUCAUGCAUUGACAUUGAAAGUUGACACUCCAGUUAUGCUCUUAAGAAACAUUGACCACUCAAUUGGUUUAUGUAAUGGCACAAGAAUGGUAAUUACUAAACUUGGAAACUAUGUUCUGGAAGCAAGGGUAUUGUCCGGAAGCAGUGCAUGUGAGAAAGUACUAAUACCAAGAAUGUCAUUGACUCCAUUAGACUUGAGGUUGCCCUUUAAAUUCGAAGAAGACAAUUUCCAUUAA